CUCUUAAAGACGACAGCCAAGCCCGCUUUCUCAAGGCCAGACCGAUGCCGUAUGCUUUAAAGCCGAAGGUGGAGGAGGAACUGCGGAGACUCCAGAAUGAAGGUGAGUGAAUGGGCCACACCGAUUGUGCCUGUCCCCAAGAAAGAUGGUUCCGUCAGACUUUGUGGUGAUUACAAGAUCACAGUGAAUCCAGAACUACAAGCAGAGCAGUACCCUCUUCCUCGCAUUGAAGACAUCUUUGCAAACCUUGCUGGUGGGCAGAAAUUCUCAAAGAUUGACCCCCGCCAAGCAUAUCACCAAAUAGAGAUGGAAGACGAUUCAAAGAAAUACCUCACAAUCAACACCCAUAUGGGACUGUUCCAGUACAACCGACUAGUGUUUGGUAUCACCUCUGCACCUGCUAUCUGGCAGCGGACCAUUGAUCAAGUGUUAGAAGGGACGUCUGGAACAAGCUGUAUCCUUGAUGAUAUGAUCAUCACUGGAGAGAAUGAUGAUGAGCAUCUUGCCAACCUGGAAGAGGUUUUACGUCGCUUACAGGCUCAUGGGUUAAGAGCAAACAAGACAAAGUGCGAGUUUUUCAAAGAGAAGAUAACCUUCUGUGGACAUGAUAUUGACAGUCAUGGUCUCCACAAGUCACCAGAGAAAGUGGAAGCAGUUUUGAAAGCGCCUCGCCCAAGCAAUGUAGCUGAACUGAGGUCGUUCCUGGGGUUAGUUAAUUACUACAACAGAUUCUUACCCAAUCUGUCCACCGUGGUACACCCUUUGAACCAGUUGUUAGAGAACAACCAUCAAUGGAAAUGGACGGAACAAUGCGAAACCGCAUUCUACAACGUGAAAGAAAUGAUCACCUCAGGGCAAGUAUUAACACACUAUGAUCCCAGUCUGCCACUGAGGCUUGCUUGUGAUGCAUCCCCUGUGGGAAUUGGUGCCGUGCUAUUCCACGUGAUGAAUGAUGGGACUGAGCGACCCAUUGCUUUUGCUUCCAGGACACUCACAAAAACUGAGCAAGGGUACGCGCAAAUUGACAAAGAAGCUUUGGCAAUAAUCUGGGGAGUCAAGAAGUUCCAUGUGUAUUUGUUUGGCCGAUCUUUCACCCUGUACACUGAUCAUCAGCCGUUAACAUCCAUCUUCCACCCACACAAGAGCAUUCCAGUGGUUACGGCAGCCCGGCUUCAGCGCUAUGCAUUAUUCUUGGCUGGAUAUGACUACCAAAUCGAGUACAAGAACACUAAAGUGCAUAGCAAUGCAGAUGGCCUUUCCCGGCUGCCACUUAAAACCGAAGAGAGAGCAGAAGAAGUUGUGGAUCCAGUAAAUGUUUUCAAUAUGAUGCAGUUUGAGCCGUUACCCAUCACAGUUGACAAUGUCCGAAGAGAAACCCAAAGGGACCCUGUCUUGAGUCAAGUCCACGAGAUGGUGACUAAAGGAUGGCUAAGCAGCCAUGUUCCUGUACUGGACCCCUUCUACGCUCGCAGGGAUGAGAUAACAGUACACUCAGGCUGUUUGAUGUGGGGAAUCAGAGUCAUAGUACCUCCAAAACUUCGUCCACAAGUGCUUGAAGAACUCCGUCAAGGACAUCUUGGUGUGGUGAAGAUGAAGGCCCUAGCGCGAAGUUACAUCUGGUGGCCAGGGAUCGACAAGGAAAUUGAGGAAACCGCGAAGACUUGCUCGGGUUGCCAGCGAAUGCAGGCUGAACCUAGUACCGCACCUGUGCAUCCUUGGGAAUGGCCAUCGUCACCCUGGCAGCGAAUCCAUAUUGAUUUUGCCGGACCUUUCCUCGGCUGCAUGUUUUUAAUUGUCGUGGAUGCCCAUUCUAGAUGGUUGGAAAUAGAGAAAAUGGACACCACGACCUCAACCAAAACCAUCGAGAGACUGCAAAGCUUAUUUGCUAGAUAUGGUGUGCCAUCCCAGUUAGUGAGUGACAAUGGGCCACAGUUCAAAUCUGAAGAGUUUCAGAUGUUCCUCAAGAGAAAUGGAGUCAAACAUCUGACAUCUGCUCCAUACCACCCUGCCACCAAUGGUCUAGCCGAACGCUGUGUGCAGAGUUUCAAAUCAGCCAUGAAAAGUGAAACGGAAGUAAAACCCCUGAGCAUUAAGCUGGCAACGUUCUUGCUAGCUUACAGAAAUACCCCCCCAUUCAACCACUGGAGAAGCGCCAUCUCAGCUAUUUUUGGGAAGACGAUUACGUACUCGACUGGACUUGUUGAAACCAGACCUCCGCUUGAAGAUAAACAACCGUCAGAUAGACCAAACCGUCACGAAGGGUGGUGCUGUAACCAGAGAAUUCUCCAUCGGUCAGACAGUGAUAGCACGAAAUUACACUGGUAGUACAAAGUGGGUACCUGGCAUCAUCCGCACACAACUUGGGCCCCUUUCUUACGAAGUAGAAGUCAAACCUGGCCUAGUGUGGCGUCGACACACAGACCAACUGAGGGAUACCAGCAUUCCAGUAACACCAAGCAGCAACCCUGUUACCCAGACCUCAGAACUUCCAAUCCAGGUUGAGAGUCGUGAGGACCCAGUGUCUGUAGCCAGUGAGCAGCCAGCAGCCAGCGACUUGGAGACUGAUGUUCUGCCACCAAGUCCAGUGGCUGACCCUGCAGCCAGCAGUCCACCAAAUUUGAGUGAACCUGUUCCUGUUAGACGAUAUCCGGUCCGAGUGCGGAAGCCCCCAGCUAGGCUGGAUUUAUGAACUUUGAAGUGACAUUAAGACUGUGCUUAUUUCAAUAGGCGUGUUGUGUUUGACUUAACGUUUCAGAUCCUUAUUAGUUACCAUAUUGCAUGCACUAGCUAGUGGGGAGGAGUUGUGGUGUUUUUGGCCAGCGGCCAAUACACUUUGAGCAUGCGCACUUAUGCGCCAUUCCGGAACGUAGUCCGUUCGAAUCAAAGACAUGACAGCCUGGAUUUUGAUUUGGUUGACAUUUGGCGCGUACGAAAUCCGGAUUCUAAACGCUUUACGUGGCGUCAAAGAAAUCCUUUCAUUCAAAGAAGACUUGAUUAUUGGCUGAUUAGCGAUGUAUGCCAAGACGACAUUGAGAAGUCCGAUAUCAUUCCUUCGAUAAAUUCAGACCAUUCGGCAAUUUUUCUCCAUCUUAAUAGCAUAGACAAACCAAAACACGGCCCCUCUUUCUGGAAGUUUAAUGCUAGUCUUAUAAAUGACGACGACUUUGUUGCACUGAUAAAUGAAAGUAUGCCUUUGUGGUUAGAGGAGUUCAAAGACGUUAUAGAUAAAAGGCUGUUGUGGGAUUUAAUUAAGUACAGGAUUAGACAAAGUCAAAUUACAAUAAAGUAUAGCAAAGAAAAAGCACGUGAAAGGAGAAGAAAGAUCUCUGAUAUUGAGGCUUCUUUGAAGAUUUCGGAAGAGAGAUGCGGUAGUUCACCAACUCCUGAGAACCAGGAAGAGUUUGAAUUGUUAAAAAUGGAAUAUGAUUCUAUCUAUGAGCAGAUAGCAAAAGGUGCUAUAAUCCGAUCGAAAGCCACUUGGUAUGAAAAAGGAGAAAAAAGCAAUAAGUUCUUUUUAAACCUCGAAACACAUAAGAAAGCUAAGAGUUCUGUCCGUAAGGUUUUUGACGAUAAUGGAGUUCUAAUCACGGAUCCUAAAAAAAUAUUGCAAGAAAUUCAAAAUUUUUAUUCUAAUCUU